GCAGCAGGUAGGAUUCAAUGUUUACUUGAUUACAGGUUGAGUUUGAUCAUUACCUGCUCUCCUUGACAAUGAUUUCUGCCGAAGGGCUGUGUUCAAAGAUUUAGAAAUUUUAGUUAAAAGUACCGCCAAUCAAAGUAGAAGCUCAAUGCUCUUUCCUUUUACUGUAUGGAAUGCUUUAAUUUUCUAAAAUAGUGCCAUUAAACAACAGUGUAAUUUCACCAUUCAGUUCCCAGUUGGUCUGACAGGGUUUUGCAUACUUCCCGAUCCACCUCAGCUCUUAAGAAUGGCGAGAAAUACACGUAUACUGUUGCAUCCAGCAUUUUCAAGAAUUAGUCUUAUCCCAGCUCCUAUGAUUUCAUAUUUGACGUUAUUCAAGAUUUAGGAACUUGGUUUAUCAUGAUCGAGUCUCAGCUGGAAUACCAUUGAAGAAACAUUCCGUUCAGUUGAACCACAUCUAAAUCAAAGUUGUUAUGCCAUUGGAGAAACAUUCUCAGAGAUUUAUUAUCAGCGUGUCAUCUACAACAUGUUGCUUACUUUUUUCUUCAUGGCUGUGUCAUGGAUUCAAUCUUGGCGGUUUAAUAAUAUUAAACAUGCCGUUAAAAAUGUACUGAACUCAAAAUCUUCCAUCUCUAUGUAUAAAGACUGUAAUGGUAGUAUUCCAAAACUGCCACAUUCUCAAGGAAAUGAUAAAGUAAAUUACAUUCCAUGUAGGAGUCUAAGCUCUAGCAUUUGUUUAAAUCAAAAUGAAGCAUUUUUGUCAAAUUUACUGUUCUUUUCACCCAGCAAGCGAGUUUGCUCCGUCCUACCUCAGCAACAAGUGGAUAUCAACAAUUGGAUUGCUGUUCCUUCUGAAAAGACUGAGUUUCCACUCAAAUUGAGUGGACACACCAAUUUAAAACUGGACGAAUCUCAUGUAUUUAUUAUUAUUGAGUCGGAUUUAGGGGAAUCUCAUUCUGUACAAAAUGGUCUUAAUUUUGAAGUAGAAUAUUUUGGAAUACCUAAAAGUUGGUAUGUGGGUGAUUUAUUUGUUCUCUUGCUUGAGUCAGAUCUUAAUCGUCUAGCUGAACUGACAACCCUUUUCUUGUCAAAUAAUCUGUGCUUCAGUAAUAAACUAGAAAUCACAAGGAUAGAGUCGGUUGAAGUCAGGGGUGAACCAUGCAAAUUAUCUGGUGUCGAUCUAACAUCUAUCACUAGAAGAUUAAAAUCUGGAUCACGAGGUGUUAUCAAUAUAAAAGACGAACAAGAAGGCCUCCUAUCCUCCCAUAGGAAAUUAUACUCUGCCAUUUGCGAAGCUGCCACCAAUGCUGUUAGCGAACAUUGUAGUGUUACCGUCUCAGAUUUUGGAUUGACAAUUAAUCCUGAAAGUGCGGAGGAGAAUAGCCAAAAUGGUUACCUGCCAAUUAGGGAAGAAACGGAUCGUGCAAAAUCAUGUGAUAUAGACAGAAAAGACUCUUAUGACAGUUUAUCUUUGAGGUGCCCCAGCGAUUCUGUCAUCAAUCAUAGUAACUCCUCUAAUUACUUCAGCGAAUGUGGGACUCUUAGGAGUACUCCUCUAUCCCAAUUCAAUAAGAGCUGUAUCUCUGUCUACAGACUGGUAAAAAAUUUAGAGAAAUGUGAUGCUGACAAGUCAGGUUUUACAUCUAUGGAUUCACUCAACACUGCCUACAGCACCCUAUCAGGGCGUAGAGUGAGUGUGCCCCACCAUGGAGAGGCUUCAACGGGAAAGCCCCCAGUCAUCACAAUUUUCAGUUCAAGCUCGUCAUCUGUGGAAAAUGUCAGAAAUUCCCUUCAUGAAAUCGUAGAAAGGGAUAGGUACACAAUUCAUUCCCUCAAUCUGAAUAAAAUGAUCUCAUCACCCUGGCUUCAGAAGUCCAAACUAGUAAUUAUUUGCGGCAAUGUUCCUCCUUCAUUAGUUCCUCACUUGCUGAAAUACCUGGUCAGUGAUGGCGGUCAAAUCCUAUGCAUUUGUUCUGAUCUGCUAGGAGUUUUCCUUUCGUCUUUUCAAACAGCUGAAGUUCGGCCUGAUGAAAUUGUACGCUUAAAUUAUGACAAAUGGAAACAUGUUCCUUUGAUGCAUCAUAUCUUCUGCUAUCAGCCUUCACCGACCUCUGAUCAAUUUCCUCCUGAAGAAUCCCUGAGCGAUUCUGUGUCAGCCAGAACUCCUUCAUCAGUUGAAGUAAUUGACAUGAACAACGAGUCGCACACAUUACUUGUCAAGGUCCUUGGUGUUGAAGAAACGUGGCACACUCCAAGUUUCCUUCUGGCAACCUGUCUCUCCUCUGAGGGGAAAGUUCUCUUCUCUCAAGUGCACUUAGAUUCAGACCCAGUCAAAUCGGAAAUUUACUCUGAGAAACCGAGCUCCGACAAAAAAGUGCGCUUGGAAAUCCUCGCAGAUUUGCUUCUGAAACACUUUGAUAUCAAAUGUUGCCUGGAAACGGUCAAGAGCAGUUACACUCCUGCUUAUUUCCUCGGAAAUCAUGAACAGAAGUCGUCUUUUCUUGAAGAUAUAAAGGAAUCCAUGAUUGACAAUGGUUUGAAAAUCAAAGAUUUGGCCAUCAAAUUUUAUGGCAAAGGGCAGAACCCGUCGAAAGCCAGUGAAAAUUUCCUGCCGAUUCUAUUACAUUCUUGUCCAGCAAGAUUCUCAACAGUUGAGUACUUUGAUAAUCUCAAGACAAAAGAAUUUGGCCGUCUGGUGAUCUACUCAGAUAUUUUAAAAACAUCCAUGGCCUUGUUAGCAGGACCAAAAAUGGCAAAUGGGCUGGCUGUGAUUCCGCGACUCCAAACUCGAGGCUCAGGCAGAGCUGGAAAUGAGUGGCUGAGUCCAGAAGGGUCAGCCUCCUAUUCGAUCCAACUUCAUAUCUCUCUUGACUCAGAGCUAGGACAACACUUGUCCUUACUACAACAUAUCGUAAGUCUCGCUUCUGUGCACGCUAUCGUAUCCAAGCCUGGUUAUGAAAGACUCAGCCUGGGACUGAAGUGGCCUAAUGACAUAUAUGCUGGGGACAAUGUCAAAAUAGGAGGAGUUGCAGUGAACACUUUUAUUUAUGGUCGAACAGCAGUUUGCAACAUUGGUGCUGGGUUGAAUUUGAGCAAUAGUCUGCCGACCACUUGUAUCAAUGAUAUGGUAGAUGAAUUGAGUCAAAGCUCUGGAGGGAAACUCAAAAAGAUUUCACAUGAAUCAUACUUUGCAUGGGUUUUCAACGAGUUGGAACUGUUUGUCAACGCUGCUCAAGAGGGCCGAAUUCCUGAAAUUCUUGACCUGUACUAUCAGUAUUGGCUACAUGAAAAUGCAGAGAUCAGUGUUGUGCAAGCAGAUGGGUCUAAAAAGAAUGUGACCAUUGUCGGGCUCGACAAGUACGGUUUUCUGGAAGUCAGAGGGACAAAGGGAGAAAAGUUUUCUGUGCAACCUGAUGGUAAUUCAUUCGAUAUGUUUGAAGGCCUCAUAGCACCAAAGUGAACAAUGUAUCAAUUGUAUUUUCAAGUUAUUUUUUGGUUUUCUGUUGAAUUGUUUGUUUUUGAGUUUCGCUUGUUCUUGUUACACUGUUAAUAAAGUUACCUGCAAAAUGUA